GCCCUCAGAGCCCGGUAGCCUCGGAGAGCGGCGCUGCAGACGAGAUGAUGGAUGAGCCGUGGUGGGAAGGGCGCGUCGCCUCGGACGUCCACUGCACCCUGCGCGAGAAGGAGCUGAAGCUGCCCACCUUCCGAGCCCACUCCCCGCUCCUGAAGAGCCGCCGGUUCUUCGUCGACAUCUUGACCCUGUUGAGCAGCCACUGCCAGCUCUGCCCCGCUGCCCGGCACCUGGCUGUCUACCUGCUGGACCACUUCCUGGAUCGCUAUGACAUCACCACCUCCAAGCAGCUCUACACCGUGGCGGUCUCCUGCCUCCUGCUCGCAAGUAAAUUCGAGGAUCGGGAAGACCACGUCCCCAAGCUGGAGCAGAUAAACAGCACCAGGAUCCUGAGCAGCCAAAACUUCUCCCUCACCAGGAAGGAGCUGCUGAGUACGGAGCUGCUGCUGCUGGAGGCCUUUGGCUGGAACCUCUGCCUGCCUACGCCUGCCCACUUCCUCGACUACUACCUCUUAGCCUCCGUCAGCCAGAAGGACCACCACUGCCACAGCUGGCCCACCACCUGCCCCCGCAAGACCAAAGAGUGCCUCAAGGAGUACGCCCACUACUUCCUGGAGGUCACCCUGCAAGAUCAUAUUUUCUACAAAUUCCAGCCUUCCGUGGUGGCUGCAGCCUGCGUUGGGGCCUCUAGGAUUUGCCUUCAGCUUUCUCCCUAUUGGACCAGAGACCUGCAGAGGAUCUCAAACUACUCCCUGGAACAUCUCAGCACAUGCAUCGAAAUCCUGCUGGUAGCUUACGACAACGUCCUCAAGGAUGCCGUUGCUGUCAAGAGCCAGGCCUUGGCAAUGGUGCCCGGCUCACCCACCCAGGUGCUGUUCCAGCCACCUGCCUACCCGGGCCUCAGCCAGCCGACAGCGACGGCACUGGCCCAGUUCCAGACCCCUGUGCAGGACCUGUGCUUGGCCUAUCGGGACUCGCUGCAAGCCCACCGCUCGGGGACCUUGCUCUCAGGGGGCACCAGCCCGUCCCUCCACGCCCUGUACCCCGCCCUCCAGCCCCUGGACGUGUGUUCUGUGCCGCUGCCCGCGUCCUUCAGCAUGCAGAUGGCCAUCGCAGCCGAGCCCCGGCACUGCCUCGCCACCACCUAUGGGAGCAGCUACUUCAGUGGGGCUCAUGCGUUCCCCGCAGGCUGUUUUGAUAGAUAGGGCACCUUUAGCCACACAGGGAGGCCUUGGAGACCCGGGCAGAGGAAGAGGAUGCAGACCAGGGGAGCCCAGCCCAGGGAGGCACCUGGGAGAGGCCACCCCCACAGAGAGCCUCAGGGCCCGUGAACAGAGCGGGUCUGUGGUCUUUUUAAAUAAAACUGACCCGGAGCAAAACAGGCAAUGACAUACCUCACCCGAGAGCAUUCCUCUGGAAAAAUGUCUUCCACUUGUGGCUAGGGUCCAGGAGGGUGGCUCAGUGGCCACCUUCUGGAGAGGGGCCCAGUGGGUCCAGGAAGACUUGGGAAGAGGCCAGGAGGCCGGAGACUGGAUGCAGGCCUGCAGUCCACGAGCAGCUCCAGGUUUUAGCAUCGAAGACGCCUUUAUUCUUUGCUGAUGGCAGCUACACAAUUGAAAAGGGGGUGGCCUGACGUGCUCUCAGGAACCCCAGUAGAUGCCAUCUGGCUCCAUCCACAGGGCCUGGUUGUGCGUCUGCCUCCCGAGACACAGUGACAGCUGUCUUGAUUUGUUGUGGAACCUAAAACCUUCUUCAGCCUUUUACAUGUUUCACGUGUUGCUGCUUCCCCAAGUGACCUAGCUUUCUGUUCAGUAAGAUGUCUUGUUUACAUGCUAUAUCAGGGAUUUUGUGAUACUUGAAAAUUCCUUAGGAGAAAAACGUUGGUGAUUGCUACACUGCCUGUCCCAUGAGUGGGCUGUAGGUUUUAACCCAGCUUGGGAUGGACCCCUGGUUAACCACAGAGCUCCCUUUUGCAAAAGUGUGUGGUUGGGGAGAACCACUUUCCAGGCUCUCGGUUCCAGAAGAUUCCACAUCUUGGAUGCUCUGUUCAUAUGUAGAAUGUCGAUAACCACCCAGAGAAAAAGGACUGUUGAAAAGUAGACAAAAAUUUAACACCAGCAACCCCCACCUCCCUCCCUCCACCGCAUGCUUCUAGUGCAUGAGGUUAAAUCCAGCCUCGGCCUUGCAUUUGGCUCAGAGCAAAGGAUCAUAAUGUGGAAUGUAUGCCUGACGCCAGCUGGAUUUGGGGGCGUGUGGGGUCUGUGACACCACUGACAGCCAGCAAUGGCUUGGAUCAAAAGCCAGUAUUUGGGUCUCUACAGUGAGAGGGCUCUCAGGAAGACUCUUGGAACCAUGUGCAAUAUGUUUUUAUUCUGACUCACGGCUUGUGCUCGCAUAUUUUAUUCCUUGGUUGGUUUGGGGUCAGUGGUCAAAUUGUUCCUCCCCUGGGACUGGGAGGUGCAAAGAACCAUGGAAGCGUAUUUUGGUUUGUUUCUUAAAGAAGAACCCAUUUUGGUUUUCUUGACUUGGUUGCCAGUCUAGGAGACUGGCAAAGGGACUGCCAGAAGUCAGAUCCGAAGGUGGUUUUCAGAGCUGAUGGGAGCCUCAGCACGGAAGCUGAGUGAAAGAAGAGCCGGGACACAGGCACGGAGGGGUCACGUUGUCACACUAGCAUAGGAAAGUGCACGUUCGUUUGUUUUCUCUUUUUCCUUGCCAGCCUCCUUCUAUUUAUGUGCAGCUGGUUUGGAUUCCGAGUUACUGUGUCUGUCUUUUCUGAGUCUGGGCAUUUGUGAGGGUCUCCCCCCAAAUAGAGCCUCACAACCAACCCAUCCCUGAGAAAAAGUGGACCUGCAAUAAAUACAUCACCUGCU